AUGGAGGUGGCGGCGGAAGCUGCGGCGAAGGGUGAGCCCCCCAACCUGGACGACCUACUUGUGGAGGAGACGUGGCGAGGGGCGCUGGAUGGCGAGUUUGGCAAGGAGUACUGGUCCAGCCUGAAGAAGUUCCUCGCCAAGGAGUACGGAUCAGGGGCGAAGGUGUUCCCCGCGCCGGGUAACAUCUUCCGCGCGUUCAACACGUGCCCGAUGGAGCGCGUCAAAGUUGUCAUCCUCGGUCAGGAUCCGUACCACGACGACGGUCAGGCCAUGGGCCUGAGCUUCUCAGUGCCCAAGGGGUGGAAGGUUCCGUCGAGCCUGAUCAACAUCUAUAAGGAGCUCGGCACGGACCUGGGGUGCAAGAAACCGACGCACGGCGAUCUUGACAAGUGGUCGACUCAGGGGGUGCUUAUGCUCAACGCCAGCCUAACCGUGCGCGCGCAUCAAGCCAACUCUCACUCAAAGAAGGGCUGGGAGAGCUUCACCGACGCCGCCAUCCGAACACUGGCCAAGCAGCGCAAGGGACUGGUGUUUCUGCUCUGGGGAAAGAACGCGCAGGAGAAGGAGCGUCUGAUCGCCAAGGACGCCGGACAUCUCAUACUCAAGAGCCCGCAUCCUUCGGGUCUCUCCGCACACAGGGGUUUCUACGGCUGCAAGCACUUCUCGCAGGCAAACAAUUUUAUCGAGAAGAACGGCGGAGUUCCCAUCGACUGGCAAAUCGUCUGA